AUCAUCAUUCAUCAUCAUAUAAGAAGAGUUUUUGUAUUUUUACACAAAUACCUAUAUUCUAAAGCAUUUUUAUAUGUUCAGAUAUUUUUUAUUGUUCUUUUUUUGAAUGAAUUAAAUAUUUAUCAUUAUAAUAAUCAAUACUAUUAACGAUUUUUGUAUCAUGUAUUUAUGUAUACAAUGUAUUUACAUUUCGCUUUUGUUAUUGUGUGUAUAACCUCACAUUAUAGCAAUAUGAGUAACGUAUAAAAUUGUUAAGAUAUUACCGGUAUUAAGAUUAUUCGGCUUUGUAUAGUAAUAAAACAUCAUGCCGAAAACUAAAGAAAAAGAAGAAGAGAAGCCUGUUGUUGCAAAAACAGCAGUUGAUUUGCAACGAUUAAAACUCCAAAAACUGAUGAAAAAUCCAGAGAAAGCUGUUAUAAUACCUGAAAGACCUAAAAUUAAAAGCACACCAACUGUACCAGAAUUUGUUCGCAAUGUAAUGGGUAGUAGUGCAGGUGCAGGUAGUGGAGAAUUCCAUGUAUAUAGACAUUUGAGACGUAAAGAAUAUGCACGACAAAAAUUUAUUCAAGAAAAGGGACAGAAGGAACUGUUAGAUGAAGAAUAUCACAGAAAAUUAGAAGAAAAUAAAAAAAUAGCUGAGGAAAUAACAGCAAAGAAAAGAGCAAAGAGAUUAAAAAAGAAGCAAAGGUGGAAACAAAAGAAGCAAAUGAAAGUUGGAAAUACUGGAGUACAUAAUAUAAAUGAAAACAGUAGUUCAGAAGAAGAAAGCUCAGGUGAACAAGAAAUAAAAGACAACAAUGAUAAUUCAUGUGAAUAUAUAUCUAAUAGUGAAACUAGUGAUAAGGACAAUAAACCUGAAGAUGACACAACUAUAAAAUCUUCAUUAACUAAUAUAAAAGAAGAUAUUGAUAAGGCUAGUACAAGUGAAGGUAAAUUAGAUUCACAAAGUAAGUGUAGCGAAGAAAGUAACUCUGAAACUGUUCAUGAUAGUGAAACAUCAAAUAAAAUUGUAGAUUUGGCUGUAAAUGCAUUUAAAAAUGAAGAUACUAAUACAGAAAAGAAAAGUUCAACUGAGGCAGUUUCUUAACACUAAUAAAGAUACAAAUAUAUUUUUAAGUGUAAUAUGUAUUCAGAUAUUGUUAAUGUUUGGAAUAAUACAAACAAAAAAUCAGUUUUACAAAAGUGACGAAAAAAAUAAAAUUUAGAAGGUAAAUAAAUCGAAAUAAAAAUAUAAUUUUAUUCAAAAAUUUGUAUAACUUGAUUGUGAAUGAUCUCAUUUCUUUUUACUUGUAUUUACAUUUAAAUAGUUGUAAUGCAUCUAGGAUCUGAGAUAUAAAUCAAUAUACAAACAA